AUGAGCAGGCCUCCAGCAACAUCGCGCAAGGUCGGGCGCGUGCUGGUGCUGCCGGCGCUGCUGGCGCUGUUCUUGGUGUGUCUGCGAGCACCGCAGACGGCGCGGGCUUUGCUUGGAGCUGGGGCCGUGCCCUUUCCAAGGUCGGUUCCUCCGAGAAUUUGGGCACGCAACUUGCUCGUUGCACGCAGGGCUGAGGCCGAAGGCAAUGAAGACGACAAGGGGCCUUUGGAACCUCGUGACAGCAAAAGCAAGGCCCCCAAAGAAAAGGAUGACGUGGAAGAGGCCGAGGCCACAGCAAGCUUCGAUCAGGUUUCGCGAAACAAGGCAGUGGAUGAGGCUGCCUCAGCACAGACUGCUGACCCGGUUGAAGAUGCCAAGCAGGACGAGCAGCUGCAGCAGACGGUUCAGGAGACAGAGGAGAUCAAGGAGGACAAGGGCUUCGACGAAUCCACCGAGAAGGUCACUAACGCACAGAAAUUUCUAGCGCUGGCUUUAGCGAGAUGGGAAGGAAUCGAGAAGGAUCUGACGUUGGUAAGCGAAAAGUGGCGAGAAGCCAUACAGAGGGGCGACGAAGAGGAGGAAAGAAAGUGGGAGCAGGAGCGCAAGGAGGCGAAGGAGGAGUUCGACAAGGCCAAGGCGGAGGCCGAAAAGGCCAAGGAGGAGCUCGAGAAAGCCCAAUCAAGCCAAUCAACAGCACCCCUUCAGGCCGGCGGUGCUUUUGCGCUUCUGCGUGUGCAGUUCGUGCGCUCCACCAUUGUUGCUUUUUGGGGUCAUGCUCUCCUCUCGGCAAGGAUUCCCUCGUCGUUAAGCUUCACUGUGUUGGCUUGCAGCCCUGCGGGGAGCGGGAGGGGCUCUUGGCUGCUUCAGGUUCAGGCAAAUCUGGUUGCCCUUUGUGUCUUGCCGAUGCUUCACAACGGCGUGUCAGUCCUAGGCUCGAGAUGGGGAGGUCAGCCUGUUUUGCGCUCGCUCUGUGCUCGCUCUCCAAGUUGCGGUUGCUUUUGUUUGAGGCUCGACUUUCACGUGACUGUGUCCGUGAGGGGGGGGGUCAAGGGAGUCAACCUGGGUUCUUCGUGCUUGCCUUUAGCCCGCGCACCUUGA